CCAGCCCCUCUCAGCUCGGUGUAGCUCAGCACGGCGCAGCCCAGCAGAUCCGGACCCAGCGCCUUUCAGCGCAUCCCCAGUCCAGCCCAGCCCGGCCUCGCCUCCUCUAGCCUAGCACCAUGGUAGAUGCUUUCGUUGGCACCUGGAAGCUGGUUGACAGCAAGAACUUCGAUGAGUACAUGAAGUCCCUUGGUGUUGGCUUUGCCACAAGGCAGGUGGCCAACAUGACCAAGCCCACCACCAUCAUCGAGCUCAGUGGGGACACCGUCACUCUCAAGACUCAUAGCACUUUCAAGAACACCGAGAUUUCCUUCAAGCUGGGAGUAGAGUUUGAUGAGACAACGGCUGAUGAUAGGAAGGUCAAGUCUCUUGUCACACUGGACGGAGGCAAACUUGUCCAUGUCCAGAAGUGGAACGGGCAGGAGACCACACUGAUUCGGGAGCUCCAGGAUGGAAAGCUCAUUCUGACACUAACCCAUGGCAGCGCAGUAUGCGUUAGGACCUAUGAGAAGGAAAUAGCUUGAAGCCAGCCCACCUGUUCACUGUCAACUCCUCU